AUGAUGCAGAAUGUCUGUCUUAAGUCUCAUUUGGGAAGCUCGACUGUACCUAUUAUUUUAACAAUACGUUUCUGUUCUAACAACUAUUCUCUACCUCCUCUUACAUUAUUUUUCUUCAUUUCAGGUGCGACAAAAGAAAUUGGGACUGCUCUUACGAGGGUGUGUCUCAGACACCGGGCUAUUGAGACAAGAAUGAAAACGUUUAUAAGCACACUAAUGGAACGCCUCAUCACCCCGCUCUCGGAGCGUGCAGAAGAAUGGCGGCGUGGAUGCAACGGUACAGGGGCGUUGAGUCGCGAACAUGCUCGCGAAUGUAAGCGUGCGAGGGCUGAAUUGAGGAGGAGAAUGCAUGACGCCCAGCGCCAGUCCAGGAAGGCGAGGCGAGCUACGCCCGACAUGAAACGUCGUAAUGAUGUCUCGCUACAGGACAUCCAAGAGCGUCAAGAGCAGUUGGAGGAAAUGGAAGAGAAGGCUGUCAAGGCUGCGUUCAUAGAAGAGAGGAGUCGCUUCUGUCACUUCGUGUCGUUGCUCAACCCAGUUGUGGAGAGUGAAGUGGCAAUGCUAGCGGAGGUCGGUCAUUUACAAGAAGGUACAGAACAAUUGGCGCGGCACACUACGGAACCCAGAAGCUUACCGCCAGCCAGUUUACAGGUGAUUUGCGACGUAAAAUGCUGUUCCAGCGGCUGGACAAGCGCGUCGUCUCACUCGCCAUCGUCAUCUCGUGUCGGCAGCCGAAAGUCUUCGCUCACGUCCAUAUGUUCGCUAAGUGUCUCGAACUCGGAGCGCCGAAUUUCAGACUCCACCGUAAGCUGUUCUACUCCAGUAUCAAAUGCAUCGUCCGGAGAUACAACACCAGCGCCACCUGAAGACUCGCUGCAUUGUAUAACACAGUCCCCAUUCCGGUUGGCGAGUGUCUGCAGCUCAGACUCCGGGUUCCGAUCUCAAGAUGCGUUGCAGAGACCCUCGCUUUAUGUUGAUAAUGGCUCAGAUAACCAAAGCGUUAACAGCGAGUGCUUGGUCACAACUAAGACUAGUGAAGAUCCGUCUGAAGAUGCGAUCGAUAUUAUGAAUGCCGCAUCAGCUACAUGGCCAGACUUGAAGGACACAGCACAGUUUGAACGAGCCGCCUCAGCUAUAAUGGGAGGUCGACCUCAUACUAUAUCUGCUGGUUCGGAGCGCGGUCAUACUCGUCCAGCGUUAAGUGUCCACACGUUUACUCCUACAGACACGCCCAGAGACACGCCAAUUUAUGCAAGACCGCCUCUGCCGACCAGGUGUUCUUCGCUAGAGAGGCCUAUCAUACCGACAAAAUCAAAUUCAAAUAUACUUCACAGCGAAUUGAAACCGAAACCGUCUUCUCUGCCGCCGCAUCUUACGAAAGAAAUGCCACAGGCGCUCUACGUAAACAUGUCGGAGCUGGCAACAAUGGCUGCGUCACGAGCCCAGCAACACAACAGCGAGUUUCCACAACAAGAAAAGGUUUGUUCAGAAUCGAGUGCUAGCGAGUCGUCCCUAGAAUCUUCUUCGGGAUACGGUAGCCAAGGUGCCUUUGCUUCUGAAGAUCACGCCCAUCAUCAGGUGUCACACGCUGAUGUUCCCUCCGAGAUUGUGACACUGCGACGCGACCUCGACGCAUCAGUCGCGGCCGCUCGCGAGAACUUCUCGAUAUCGCUGGGAAGUCUAGAGGAAGCGGUCAGGUCGCUGGACGAGGCCACGGAGACGCCGACCUUCGCGACUAUCGGCAAGAAGCCGGCCGUGCCGAAGCGGCGACCCGUGUCCAUGAAUGCUGCACCAACGGUGUGGUCACGGCGCGGAUCCUCGAGUUCGGUGGGCAAGCCUCCUCCGCCAGUACGAAGGUCUUCGUCUAUAUCGAGACCGCAGCGACCUUACGUUCAGGGUAACGUUCAAGGUCAGCAAGUAAACACGAGCGACGCUGAUAACUUGCCUCCGCCGCCGGCUUUCCUUCUGCAGCCCGACCAAGACGCUAAUUCAUCACAUCCAGGCAUAAACGUAGCAGAGACGGUGAAACAGCUGACCGAAUUGAAGCACAUGCCAGCGUCGCCCGGACUGUUGCGACGAACGAUAAACCAGAACCAAAUUAAUCAGAAUCUCACUCAACACCAAAAUCAAAAUGUUGCCCAGCUACAGAACCAGAAUUUCGACCAGAAUCAAUUGAGCACGUUCCAGCAAGCAAAGAGCAACUUUAGUGGAAAUUUGAACCCUAUUUACGGUCAGACAGGGCAUAGAAUUGUAGAUUUCGAGAAUUCUAUUUAUGCGAGGAAGAAUAGCUUGAACAGCUCGCAUUCUGAUCUUUUUAGAGAUGGCAAUACUAGUAAUAAUAUGUAUGGAGAGAUAAAUGAAUCUCAAGCUUCCACCCCGUCAACACCAAGUGUUGGAGAAAACUCGUUUUCAAGUUUUGGACCGCGGGUUCACAACGAUUCGCACUACGGACAGACGGGUUUCAAGCUUAAGCAGGAAUCUCGCUAUGCGCUAGGUGGGAUAUACGCACAGCCAACAGCUGCGCAUGGGUCUACUCGCUCCCACAGUGCGGAUAGACACGCACCAACAAGUGGUCUAAUAGCCAGUUUGAGUGCGAAGCUUGCCCCUCAACUAUCACCUAGGACGGGCCGUCGAGCGAUAUCCACUAUCACACAAGCUGAACCACAUAAAGCAAAAGCGGUGCCAACCGCCAUACAGCCCGCGUUCCUAGACAAGUUGUCAGCGACUAUUCAGAACCAACGAAGGCAGCUUUCUACCACUAGAGCCAGUACUGUUAGAGAUCUCAUCAACUCGCAUGCGCAGCCGGAUCCGCGCGUGUGUCACACAUCACUAAUGGAGCAAAUCAAACGCGGUGCAACACUACGACGAAAUAAACUGUGCAACGAUAGGUCAGCACCGAAAAUACGCUGA